GUGACAAAUAAAGGGCGUGACGUCAUGAUGUAAUAGUCUUAAUGUAAACAAUACGUGAGAUACCUUUAUUAUUCAAGAUUCUUUAAAAAAAUGGCUUCAAAGUCCUAUAGAAUAUGUGCCGUUCCUUUGUGUCAAAAUACAUGUAUCAAAACCCCUUCUAAAUUAUUUAUUCACGUGCCACAACCGCAAAAUCUUCGUGUAAAGUGGCUGCAGUUAGCACGACGUGAUCCGACCAGUGUAUCAGCAAAAUCCUCAAUUUAUUUUUGCGAGGAUCAUUUUGAUCUGCCCAAUGACAUGGAAAACUACAUGGAAUACAGUAUUAUGGGUUCUGUGUCGGCAAUACGAAUGAAACCCUGCUGUUUACCUUCUAAAUUUGAAUGUCAACCUGAUCGUUUGAAGAGAACGACCAAAAGUGCACCUCGGCCAGUGGCAGUAAAAAGACAGCGUGCAUCAUUAAUACAAGAAAUACUUGUACAGACAGAAACUGUCGAUACACCAUCCACUAGCAACAUAGGGACUGGAGAUUCACAAGUAAUGGAUGAAGAGUCAGAUCUCUUUGAAACGAACCAAAAUAAAUCAACCCAAGUGUGUCCGGAGUCUGAAAGUAAAAUAAUCCAAGUAAAUUUUAAACCAAAAUAUAGAAGCAAGGGCUUACAGACAACCAGUUUCAGCAAACACAAAGCAACAUCUACAGCAAUACAGUUUUCAUCUGUUGCAAUAUCUCCAAUUCAUGUUAAACCUUCAAGAGUUGGUCAUACUAAAAUAAAAAGAAAAUUAUUUACCAUUAAAGAUACAUUGGCAAGCUCAGAGGAAUCUUCACCAUCAAAAUCGCAACUUAAAACUGAUUCUUCACCAUCUAUUCAGUCUUCAAUUCUUCAAAUGACUUCGGACAGUGAUGAUCAAAAUAAAAAAAAUGUAGAGUGUGAACUAACAGUAAUAAGACAACAAAAACAAUGGGAGGAAUUUCACCAAUCAUCUCUUGCAAAUACUCUUAGACUAAUACAAGAUAAUCCAAGGUUUUACAUUGGCAUACUAAAAGAAUGUUAUUUUUUAGUAGAUCUUAUAAAAAAACACUACUAUUCCUGUUGAAAAUAUAUUGUUAUGCCUAAAAAAUAAGAUUGGACUCAAAAUUUGUUGAACUUGCUAAUCAGUUUGGUAUGUCAGUUUCUUACGCCAGCAGAAUCUUUAAGAAGAAUGUGCCAAUUAUUGCAAAAGCUUUACAUUGUUUUAUUAUAAAAUCUGAUAAAACUGCCAUAGAACUGAACUUACCUAUUGCUUUUAGGCAUAAAUACAGAAACAUUAAUUGCAUAAUAGACUGUCUGGAAAUUGAAAUCCAAAAGCCAUUAAAAUCUGUUGAUCAGGCUCUAACA